GGCGCUUAAUAGGUUUGAAUCAAAGUGCAUACAUAGAUAAAAUCUUGAAAAGGUUCAAGAUGGAAAACUCUAAGAAAGGUUUAGUACCUAUUCAAAGAGGAACUAUAUUGAGCACUUCUCAAUCUCCUAGCUCAAAAGUUGAGCAAGAGAAAAUGAAUGGAAUCCCAUAUGCAUCUGCUAUAGGAUCCAUCAUGUAUGCUAUGAUAUGCACGAGACCGGACGUGUCAUGCGCUUUGAGCAUGACAAGUAGAUACCAGCAAAAUCCAGGAGAUAGUCAUUGGAUGGCUGUUAAGAAUAUAUUGAAAUAUCUUAGAAAUACUAAAGAUAUGUUCUUAAUAUAUGGAUCUGGUGAGGAGGAGCUCGUUGUAAAGGGUUACACGGAUGCGAGUUUCCAAACUGAUCGAGAUGAUUCUCGAUCACAAUCGGGGUACAUCUUCAUUCUAAAUGGAGGAGCUGUUUCUUGGAAAAGCUCGAAGCAAGAUGUGGUUGCAUUGUCCACUACAGAGUCAGAAUACAUCGCCGCCUCUUUGGCAGCACAAGAGGCUGCAUGGUUGAAGAAAUUCAUUGCCAAUCUAGGGGUUGUUCCUUCCAUUCAAGAACCCCUAGAAAUCCUUUGUGAUAACGAGGGCGCAAUUGCUCAAAUCAAAGAACCUCGUGCGCAUCAAAAGACUAGACACAUUGAGCGGAGAUUCAACUACAUAAGGGAUGAAGUUGAAAAGGGAAAGAUAUGUAUUCGCAAAGUUCACACCGAUCAAAAUAUUGCGGACCCACUCACGAAGCUCCUUGAAAGGCCUAAGCAUGAAAGUCAUACUUGUGCCAUGGGACUUCGAUAUUCUAGUGAUUGGAUUUGA